UAUAGCGUCGCGCUCGUCCACCGAGGCCACGCCCACUUCCGGCAACUCUGGCAACUCCGACUCAGCAUGGUUGCUUUAAGGGCUCUUCUCUUGGCAGGCGUCCGGAAGCUGCACUGCGGCGCGGCCGCCUUGGCGGGCAGCCAGUGGCGACUCCAGCAGGGACUGUCUGCCAACCCCUCCGGCUACGGGCCCCUUACGGAACUCCCAGACUGGUCAUAUGCGGAUGGCCGCCCUGCUCCCCCAAUGAAAGGCCAGCUUCGAAGAAAAGCUGAAAGGGAGAAGUUUGCAAGGCGAGUUGUACUGCUGUCACAGGAAAUGGACACUGGAUUACAGGCAUGGCAGCUCAAGCAGCAGAAGCUGCAAGAAGAAAGGAAGCAGAAAAAUGUUCUUAAACCCAAAGGGGCUUCACUGAAGAGGCCAAGUCAAUAAAAAGCAACUCCUGCCUCCUUUCCUCA